AUUAUGAUUUGCAAUUUAAUCACAGAGAUGGACCAGAAUGGAAACAUCUUAGAAAAGCGGUGCAGUCUAAAAUGAUGAGACCAAAAGAGCUGUACGACAAUAUCCAAAGCUUUAAUCRGGUUGUUGAUGAAGCACUUGACAGCAUCCGUCGGGCGAGAGGACAUGGUACAUCUGAAGGUGAAAUCCCUACUUUAUCACAGGAAUUAUCAAAAUGGGCCAUGGAGUCAAUUGGCGUACUUGUGUUCGACGCAAAAAUAGGCCUCUACGAUGAUCCACCGAGUCAAGAAGCUGUUGAGAGUAUACAGGCUGUUGAAAACUUGUUUAAAGCCUCUCACAGCCUUGAAUUUGGCAUGGAGAAAAUAUUUUUCAAACUAAAGUUCAAUACUCCAUCACUAAAAAUGUUACGCGAAAAUCUUAUAUUUGGAAGAAAGUUCGCAAAGAAAUACGUCAAGGCAAAAAUGGAYGAAAUGAAAGAAGAUUCGGAAGAUCCCGAAACGUUACUUUAUGGGAAAGCUGUACCUUUGCUUAGCUUUUUGUUGGCAAAAGGAGAUCUUUCCGUAGACGAAAUUGCUGAUUCUUGCGUGGACAUGUUUCUUGGUGGGGUUGACACGACUUCUACUCUUAUGGCAUGGGCACUGUACAGAUUGGCAACAAAUCAAGAUGUYCAGGAACGACUUCGCCAUGAGAUCUUAACAGUAACUGGUAAAGAUGGUGAGCUUGCUCCUAACGAUAUGGGAAAGAUUCCAUACAUGAAGGCAUGUAUGAAGGAAGUGUUGAGACUGGAUGGUAUUGCAAUGGCCAAUAAUAGAAUCCUAGACCAAGAUGUUGUUUUGAGUGGAUAUAACAUACCUGCAGGCAUUCCAGUUAUGCCAAACAUUUACUCAACCGCUCGAUCAGAGUCCUAUUUCAAAGAUGCUGAGGCAUUCAAACCAGAACGCUGGCUGCGAGAUAGUGAAGAGGAGUUCCAUCCCUUCUCCUUUUUACCGUUUGGAUUCGGUCCUMGGAUGUGCAUUGGAAGGCGUACGGCUGAACUUGAAGUGAUCUUAUUCUUGUCAAAGGUCGUUCAGAGAUUCAAACUGGAAUACAAUCACAAGCCUUUAGAGAAAGUUCUAACUUUGGUCCUCCAGCCAGAAGACAAGAAUAUCAAAAUCAAUUUCAUUGAUAGAAAUUAAAACAAGCAAGUGGCUCACACGCGUCUUGGUUUUGUUGAAUAAACUGAAGUGUACAUUUUCUCUUUCAUAAAUAAACCCUCAAAACGACAAAAAGCCUUAGUAAAUAGAAGUGGUCAGACCUAUCAGGGCCACGUUUUCUUUAGAGAGGUAUUUAGAUGUAGAGUAGAUUGCACCAACAUUUUGAAAAUGUACUAUUUGUACAAAAUASUCCAAGCUUUUAUCGCAUGUAUUCUAUAUGAUAAUUGUAAAUGUGAAAUUUAAGCACUUUCAAAAWGUUCCAAUAAAGUUGUUUAUGUAUAGAA